AGCUGCGUUAUUCAGUCUCAGUUCUUAGGAAUGUCGCGUAGCGGUCGCUGACGUCACCGCUUUGACGUCCCUCUGAUUGCGCAAGAAGAGAGAGCCGCUGAUUGGCUGCGGCUGCGGCGCUCGGCGGUGUCCGAAGUGUUGCGCUUCAUGCCUCCCCGCGCGCGGACUCACAAAGAGGCGCUUGUGCUUCUCCCGGCACCUCUAUGGAAUCCCAUGGGGCGGCGUUAUAUUUUAUAAAAUACUUUUGGCAGUUAGUCUCAAUAACCUCUUUAAUCCCCAGCGCCCAAUACAGGUACUUAUCAGUGGUUAUAUUUCUGUGAAUGACCAAGUAACGUCGGUAUAUAAAGUCCGUUUGAGCGGAGCUGGUGUUGAUACAUGUGGGUAUUUUGCCGGUUAUUGAAUCAACUAAAUACAUGCGUUUUCUAUUUAUGAGGCCUAAUAUUAACAAUAAUCAUAAUAAUAGGCUGUUAUUAAUUUCCUUAUCAAUACGAUGUUAUGAAUUGAUAUACAUCAACAUAUUAGAUCAGACACGUCCACCUACAGCCUUAGACGUUUACAAAGACAGGUUAUGACAUUUUUACAUUGUUUCUGUUGUGUAGCAUUUGUAAUGUCAGAAUGGAGCAGAACAUAACACAGUAUUACGAUGUCAGGUGUGAAUUUUCUGCUGAAUUUUCCUAUUUCCAAUAAAUAUAUUUAUGAGUUUUAUGAAUCCGAAAAAACUGAAACCUGUAAGAUUAUUUUAAAAUUUUUCACCGUGGAAGGAUAUUAAAUAACGGAAACUUGAUUAAUGUGGAAUUUUUAUUGCUGAAGAAAGAAUGGAAUCCCCUUAAAUGAUGUAAAGAGAUCUGGGCAGAGAGCCUGUGAGUCUGUGGGCUUCGCUCCAAGCAUUAACAUACACGCCUGCUGCUCUGAUCGGAAAGAGUUUUAUACUACCGCAUUGUUCUUUUACUCAACUUGUAAUUAAAAAGGAAAUGUCAAUGCUACACUUGUUUGUAAGAGCUGGGUCAUGGCGGAGUAGCUACACAGGAGGCGCUGACGGAGGCAGGACAGUGGAUUAUGAACAUCACUUUACCGAAGAAAAUCUGGUGUAAUACCAAAUUUUGGAUGAAAACACUAGUUUACGUUGUUUUUGUAUUAACGAAGAUUGUGUUGAGACCGUAAGAUUGCACAGUCGCCCCUAUUGUAAAUAACAAGGAGUUAGCUUACUUUGCAGUUACAAUAAUUAAAGACUACAUCAGAUUAGAGAGUUGAGCCAAGUUAAUACAAAUAACAUUGGGCUUAUCCUUUUUGGGGAAAUGAAGUAAACGCUUUUGAUGUGAAACGUUGGCCCAUGGCGACUAGGCCAAUUAUCUGGGCGUAUAGGCAUCCAAGUGCAGAAAUGCGUCGAUGGCGUGAUUCGGGAUCGGUCUGGUUUCUGUUAUCAGUAAUGUCGUGUGUCACGUUUCAAUCGACAUAUAAAUGUCAGUGUGUAGAAGCGCGAAGCGAACGCGGCCACCUGCGCACCUUUUCUUUUUGCAAUCGAACUUCACAACGUUGUGUUUUAAAGCAUCUCAUUUACGUGCAACAUGAAAUUAACCUCUUCGACCGCUAUCGUCUCAUGUUUGUUUUCCUUAAAAAACGAGAAAAUGCUGAAUUUGCAACGCGAUACGGUGGGAGGGGAGGCCCGGGGGAUUCCUGCGGGCGGAAAGCAGGAUACCUGCCCGUCUUUGUUACCUAGACGCCCAUCUGCUGGUCAGGCACAUAAUAGUGGUCUUGAUAGUUUCUUUGCUGAGUUCAGCUGGUCUGUCCCGAAACCUUUCUAGCUGAAAGAAUACUUUGCGCUUCAGUGACACGCUGGAAAAAGACGCUGAAACAGACCAGUGUUCUCUAGAGGUAAUACUCCAGUUCCGAUGCUGCAAUGGAGAUGAAGAAGUAUCUGGAGAAAUCAAAGCUGGCAGAAGCUCCUCUGGCCGGCUCUACCACCCGCCGCUGCAGGGUCACUGCCCUGGCAUUCUUUGUGAUCUUCCUCAUCACUGGGGUCUUUGCUGGGAUGAUGAUCGCACACCUGAAGCAGGAGGAAUAUUACUUCAUGGAGACCGUGGAGCUGAAAGGUCUCCGGUAUGAUCCCAGUUUGCAGGACGAGGCAGCCACAGCACCCAUGGUGCUCUCCGCCACUCUGAAGACCAAGAUAAGAAAUGUCUUCCUCGCUUCGCCAGUAGCUGAUCGUUUUGUGGACAGUAAUGUUGUAACCUAUGGGAGCGUCAAUAACAGCGUGAUGGCGACCAUGAGACUGACUUUCAGAAUGUCCAAAGCAGGAAAAUACUCUGAUGAAUUAAUUCAAGACAUCAUGAGGGUGGGCCUGGAUGCCUCGUCCAGUGGCCGGCCGCUGGUGAUUCCGCAGUAUGGGGAAAUCAGCACCAUCAUUUUGCAUGGUACUUUUUAAGUCUGCAGUGAGCAGGGCCAGGCUGUGGAAGCUUUACAAUGUACCUGUACUCGCACUUGUACAGACAGUGAGUAAUUUCCCUCGUCAGCGUGUGGCACUCGUCCCGCCAUGAGCAGCCGGGUGGUGGGUGGUGUGGAUGCCCGGCGGGGGGAGCUGCCCUGGCAGGUCAGCCUGAGGCUGCAAGGUCAGCACACCUGCGGGGCCUCCAUCAUUAGCGAGAAGUGGCUCGUCACCGCGGCUCACUGCUUCGAGAGAGAUAAAGACCCACGAUCUUGGACUGCCCUGGUGGGGGCCACCUUGAUAAGCGGGCAGGAGCCAAAGUCCAGAGUGGUCAACAUCUCGUCCAUCAUCGUGUCUCCGGACUUCGACCCCAGCACCAUUAACAACGACAUCACGGUGGUGGAGCUGGAGACGCCGCUCACCUUCAGCCCAUACGUCCAGCCCAUCUGCCUGCCGUCUCCCGCCCACGUCUUCAGCCCCGGCCAGGAGUGCAUGGUCUCGGGUUGGGGAGCGCUCCACGAGUUCAGCUUUGAGCUGCCCUCCACCCUUCAGAAAGCCGUGGUCAAGAUCAUCGACUCCAGAGUGUGCAACAGUUUGUCCGUUUACAAGGGAGCCGUCACUGGCAGCAUGAUGUGCGCUGGCUUCCUGCAGGGCAAGGUGGACUCCUGUCAGGGAGACUCCGGCGGGCCCCUGGUGUGUGAGGAGGCCCCUGGGCAUUUCUUCUUGGCGGGGGUGGUGAGCUGGGGAGUGGGCUGUGCCAUGAUGAACAAGCCCGGGGUCUAUUCCCGCGUCACCAGGCUGCGUAACUGGAUCCUCAGGCAGACGGCCUCCAGCCUGGUCCCAGCGAUCCCAGUCGCGGCCGCGGCGCCCAUGACGACCGCCGCGGUCAGCCGGCCUGCUAGACCUCCCACAGCACCUCCCACAGCCGCUGUAAACUGCAGCGGUAACUUCAAGUGUGCAGCAGACGUGUGCACCAGCAAGGUCAACCCUGAGUGCGAUGGGGUCACCGACUGCCCCAACAAAGCCGAUGAGAUGAAUUGCGACUGUGGCAGUCGACCAUCUGUGGGCCCCCAGAGGAUUGUGGGUGGAGUGAUGGCGCGAAGCGGCGAGUUCCCGUGGAUGGGAAGCCUGCAGCAUCAGCGCUCCCACCGCUGUGGCGCUACACUCAUACACUGCAAGUGGCUCCUCACUGCUGCCCACUGCUUCUAUAGCAACCAGAGUCCUGCUGGCUGGACGGUCAGUCUGGGCUCAGUAGUCCGCUCGGGGAUAGGGGCGCUGGUCAUACCUCUCCAGAGGGUCAUCCUGCACCCAAACUACAACAGCAGCAACAUGAACUUCGACGUGGCUCUGCUGGAGCUGUCGGUCCCGGCCCCGAAGUCGUACACCAUCCAGUCCAUCUGCCUGCCCUCCGCCGUGCACAGAUUUCAGAAGACUGACGAGUGCUACAUUGGGGGCUGGGGCUCCCUCAGGGAGGGAGGAGCGCUGACUGCCCUCCUGCAGAAGGCCCAGGUGGGAGUCAUCGAGCAGCCAGACUGCCAGCAGGUGUACGGACGAGGCCUCACGCCAAACAUGAUGUGUGCAGGUUUCAUGGAAGGCGGCAGCGACACUUGCAUGGGAGACUCCGGGGGCCCCCUGGCAUGCCGGGAGCAUUCAGGCCGGUGGUUCAUCGCCGGGGUGACAAGCUGGGGUCACGGCUGUGGCCGGAUCGGCUUCCCUGGAGUUUACGUUCGGGUCACCGCCAUCAGAGAGUGGUUGUCCCGCCAAAUGCCUUUUUAAGGUUCACUCAUGAAGAAGGCAACAUUAAUCCCAUACUCUGUUCCAACCCUGAGCUUUGUUUGCUAUUUUAUCUCAUAUUAUGUGUACCAUCAGUUUUUUUGUUGUUUUUAUCAGAAUAUUAAGUGAAUGUCACACACAACAUUUAGGCUGUCGAAGGUUUAUGGACAAAAUCCUACAACGCAAUGAGCUCUGUUACAAUAUUUGUAUUUAUUUUCAUAUUUAUUGCAUCUAAAUGUUUAAAGUAGCAGAAUUGUCAGAUUUUUUUUUUGUUUGAUCCAGAUACAAUAUUAACUGCUAUUAUUCAGAUAUUUGUAACCACUUCCUCAGUGCUGGAGUAUUUGUGUUGGUUCUACAUAACUUCUAGCCAAACAACCUGCCUGUGUAUUAGCCUAAGGAUGCAACGGUGAUUUUUCUACAUGAUGAAAUACUAAAUACGAAUUUCAGUCAGGUCAGUACUAAUGGAAACACAAUAUCCUCAGUAUAUUUUGUGGGAAUGCCAAAUAAACUUCCUUCUAUGGUUUAAAUCAGCCAUUCCGAGCCUGUUCUAUAGUGAGAGCUGCUGUUACAAAGAAAAUACUCAGGUGAGCUACUGAAUCAUGAUGGCACAUUCUGCUGUCUGACCUGAGUCACACCAAGUAUACUUUACCAAUCAGGGUGGUUUAAAUAAAGGCCCAGGCUUUUCAGACGUCAUAUGGACAUAACACGUCAGCAUGCUACACAGCUAAUGACUAGCCCUUCUAUAACCUACUGGUUUUGUGUACCUUAACAGAGGCACAUUGCAAAUUACACUGGUUACUGUUCAAAUAUUGGCUAAAA